GGCUGGGGGGGGGGUGCUGUUUUUCUGGAGUUAGAGCCGAGACAAAGCGCGGCCGGCGGGCGCCAUGGAGCUGCGCUCCCGUGUCCUACUCUGGAAACUUGUGCUUCUGCAGGGCUCCGCCGUCCUUCUGACCUCAGGGGCUACGGGGCCGGCGACCGCCGACAGCUCUGUGGUGUCCGAGUCGGCCGUGCACUGGGCAGCUGGCGCCCAGGCUGUGCUGCGCUGCCAGAGCCCGCGCAUGGUGUGGACCCAGGACCGGCUGCACGACCGCCAGCGCGUGGUCCACUGGGACCUCAGCGGCGGCCCGGGCCCCGCGCGCCGGCUGGUGGACAUGUACUCGGCGGGCGAGCAGCGCGUGUACGAGCCGCGCGACCGCGGCCGCCUCCUCCUGCCGCCCUCCGCCUUCCACGACGGCAACUUCUCGCUUCUCAUCCGCGCGGCGGAGGAGACGGACGAGGGGCUGUACACGUGCAACCUGCACCACCAUUACUGCCACUUGUACGAGAGCCUGGCCGUCCGCCUCGAGGUCACCGACGACCCCCGGGCCGCCGGCGCGCACUGGGACGGCGAGAAGGAGGUGCUGGCCGUGCUGCGCGGCGCUCCGGCGCUUCUGACGUGCGUGAACCGCGCGCACGUGUGGACCGACCGGCACCUGGAGGAGGCGCAGCAGGUGGUGCACUGGGACCGGCAGCCGCCAGGGGUGCCGCACGACCGCGCCGACCGCCUGCUCGACCUGUACGCGUCCGGCGAGCGCCGCGCCUACGGGCCGCCCUUCCUGCGCGAGCGCGUGGCCGUGGGGGCGGACGCCUUCGCGCGCGGCGACUUCUCGCUGCGCAUCGACCCGCUGGAGCCGGCCGACGAGGGCACCUACUCCUGCCACCUGCACCACCACUACUGCGGCCUGCACGAGCGCCGCGUCUUCCACCUGAGCGUCACCGAGCCCGCCGCCGAUCCGCCCCCGCGGGACCGGCCGGGCAACGGCUCCGGCCACGGCGGCGCCUCGGGCCCAGACCCCACCUUGGCGCGCGGCCGCAGCGUCAUCAACGUCAUCGUGCCCGAGGGCCGGGCCCACUUCUUCCAGCAGCUGGGCUACGUGCUGGCCACGCUGCUGCUCUUCAUCCUGCUUCUCAUCACUGUCGUCCUGGCCGCCCGCGCGCGGCGCCGCGGAGGCUAUGAAUACUCGGAGAAGAAGUCGGGGAAGUCCAAGGGGAAGGCUGUGAACCUGGCCGAGUUUGCUGUGGCCACAGGCGACCAGGCCUUUUACAGGAGUGAGGAGAUCCCACUAGAUUACAAAAACAACAUUCUGAAGGAGAGAGCUGAGCUGGCCCACGGCCCCCUGCCUGCCAAGAAUAUUGAUUUGGACAAAGAGUUCAGGAAGGAAUACUGCAAAUAAAACGAUUCUGGGCUCCUGGCUGGGCCAGAAGCUCUGCCGACUCCUCUCUGUCCACCCCGGAGGACGUCCCACUGACCGUCAGGUGCUCUGCGCCACCUGGACCCCUCCAGCGGCUGGUCCCGCUUUCCUGGUACUUGGCCUGGACUGGUGCAGUGUGGGUCCCUCCAGAUCCCUUUUCCAGUAGCCCACUAAUCCUCUGAAGCAGGCGUGGGCUCCCUGGGACUCUCGGCCGGCAUGAGGCUACCAUCCCUGCCUCCAGCCUUGCUGUCCCUGUGCUCACUGGUGGCCCUGCUGCACCCCCUCCCCAACUCCCUUGUCACUGUCAAGACUCUGCCCAUGUUCACCAAGCCCCCCGUCCCUCCCUGCCUCUGCUCCCUGGGGGCUGGGAGGCUGCCUCUGCAGAGUUGGGGCAGGAAGGCGCUCCUGGAGGGGGCUCAGUGGAGCCCGCAGCCUCAGAGGACCUGGGGGUCAGCCCCGGGCUCGGCACCCUAAGCUUCUUCAGCCCCUGCUGCAGCCUGAGCUCGCAAGGGUGCCUUGAGAUGUGGGUGACCCCAAGCCCCAGCUGGGCCGCCACCUGCUCUGCACAUGGUCUGAGGACUUGGCCUUCUCCAGGCCCAGGGCAGAUGCCCCUCUGUGCUGCUUUGGGCCUCGUGUUGCCCCUUCUUCUGCUUUCAACCCCCCUUAUCAGCCCUGUUUCCAGUGAGCUGCCCUGACAGUCACCAGAUUCCAAGUGACUUUUGACCCUGACCAUGUCCCUGCAGCCUGUCCCUGGGCUGGAGUCUGAGGCUGGGGCCACACUGGCUUCUGCUUCAGGCCGAGGACAGGGGAGGGGUGAAGAUGGUUCUGCCAGUCCCAGCACCCCACCUCUGCUCCUGGAGAACUGCCACUGUCACAAUAAAGACCACAUCUGGUUUUCAGAUCCUGGUCCCA